AUGUCCGCCCUCCCGGCUCCGGAUGCACCUCUUCAGAUUGAAUGGCAGCCGGUGCCCCUCCAGCUUGAUGCCACCGGGCAGACACAGCUUGUUAAGAAACCCAGGACCGCUCUACAAACCUAUAUUCCUGGUUGUGAACCUGCCUGGCAGGAUACCGACGAGGUUUCCCUUCAGCAGUUCUUCACAGAGCUCCAGACCUACCUCCAACACAGCCUGCAGAAUCAGUUGACCCGGGGCAGUCAGGCACUCCUCCUUAUACAAGAGCGCCAGGCAGCACAGAAUGCUCUUAUGGCAGAAGCUCUCGAGUACAUGAAGAUGGAGGUCAACUCUGUUCAGGAAGAACUCCGGAGGUAUGCGGAAAGAGAUGAACUGGAUGCUGAUGCUAUGGAGAUUGAGCGGACGAAUCCGGCCACUCCACCGGACUUUGUUGCUGAAAUACAGCGAGCCCUUGAUGAGGGAAGGCUUGUAACGGAGCCAUUUCAACUGUCUGGUGUAUGA